UUUAGUGCCUUGUGAAUUUUUCUGCCUUGCCUGUCGCUGUGCUUUUCUUGUGCUGCUUUUAUUUGCAGUCCAUUCUUGCAGUUUCCUGUAAAUUUGUCAGCAAGAGGAAGUGCUCCUGCUGCAGACAGAGCUCAGCCCUGCGGUGAGACAAGCAGACGAGUGAAUGUAUACCAGCAAGGACAGCGUUCUGCCAGAUGUGUUUGUGCCCUCCCAUCCCAUUAACUAAUGAUUGGUAGGAUUGCUUUGGACUGCCAGCAAAAGCUGUUCCAGGCAAUGGCAGGGAAGACUGGCUGACUUCCUCAGCAGCCCUGCUGGAAUGAAAUCCAAGUGUUGGUUUCAGAUGCUUUGGUUCUUCUUUUGAGGCCGAGUGAUACCUUGUAAUAUUAAAGAAAUGGAGUAUCUCUUUUGAAGUGAAAUUCUCCCUGGGCUAGCUUGGUGCAAAGCUGCUUCUCACCACUGAUUUUGUGGGGAAAAAUGAAGAUUAAUCUGUAAACCUUAUACCGAAGGUCCAUGCAUAAUAGAAUUUUGCUUUGUGAGGGGGGAUAUAUUUAAUACUCUUUCACUUCCCUGGCAGACAUGUCAAUCAAAUCCAUAAAGUUUUCAUGUCUUUUCAGAUUCCUUAUUUACAAUUUUGAAAUACAAUCUUUCUGGUGAAUGUUUGGUCUAGAAAGCUAAACUGAAUAUUCAGUCUCCCAAACCUGUGAAACAUCUGAAUUUUGGUUGUUCAUUGGUGGAACACCUGCUCUUGUGUGUGUGUGUGAAUUGUCCUCUGUUCUGACUCUGGGCUCAUCUUGAUAGUGUUGGAAAUCACCAGAGAAGUUGAAAUGAGAUCUUGGAACUGGAAAAAUUCUGCCGCAUUUCUGAGUACUAAAAUGAGGAAAGAGAGAGCACAGCAUGGAAAAGGUCAGAGGGGAAAAGCAGUACCUCAGGAGCAUGGAUGAAGGAGGCAUGGUUUAAUGAGGCUGUUGUAGCCAAAGAGCAUGGUACUAGAAGCUGUGAAGUUUGGAGGGGAAAACCAGGAGUGAGGUGUGUCACAUCAGAAAAGGGAAAGAGGAACUGAAGGGUUUUUUCCAGUGUUGCAUAUACUCAAGUGCUGUCAUUCUAGAUCUAUUAUUUUACUAAGUCAGAGAAACAGCUUGCAAAGAUGCUAAUGCAGACUUAGCAGGGUAUGCUGAGAUAACAGAGAACUGAGGGAGGAAAGACAGAUUUAGAGCAGUCUACCUUAAAUGGGUAACUGAUACUGCAACAAAUAAAGCAAGUGAAUUCAAUUCACAAACCACUGAGCUUAGUCCCCUAUAAUACUUUCUGUGUGAAAAAUCUGUCAAGCCACUGAGACACCUGGGUAUUGAUCCUUAUUGAAGAGCACUGGGAUCUCGUGUUCUGAUAUGUGGAUCAUUUUGGCUGACAACAGGUGUGUGGAUUUAUGGUUCAAUUUCCCUUCCCAUAGAGCCUGGCAAUGGAAGGAGUGCAAAUGGGUGCCCUGUGGUGAGAGAGCUGUUUUUUCUAGCCCAUACAGCUGUGAGCAGUGUCUGAAAUAUUACUUUCUUUUGUGCAUUGACUCUUGGGUCAUUUACAAAAAGAGAUGUUGUGUGGAGACUUCUUCCUUCUAUUUUGGGAUACCGAUUCACGUCCGCUUCCCCAAAAAUAUGUGAAGUAAGCUUUGCUUUAGAUGAUUAUGUAUGUUUUGUCCAUCACUCUGAAACUAGCUAGUUGAUUUUGUCUUGUUCAAACUUUUGAGCCUGGAAUGCUUUUAAAUUUAGACAAGUCAGUGAAACACUUGAAUACUUUUAAGAACUCCAGAUGAAAAUGAGUGUAAAACAAUGAUAUUUAUUCAUUAUCAGUUGGUGCUACUUGUGAGCAAUUGUGCACUAUCAGCCUCUUGAAUUUGAAUUUUAUUGUCUUUUGUGGUUUGUGUAGCAUCAGCUAGCAAGACUUGCUCUAAAGCACAUCUAAGCUGCAGAAUUUUUCAGGAUGGCUCUUUUAAUUGUCUGGGGUUGAAGAGGGAAGGACAAGCUCCAGCUGUGGGGGAGAACAGAUUAAAACAGAUAAAAACAGAUUAAACUUACAGUUCUGUGGUGCAGUGCAAGUACCUGAGGCACAGGCAGUGUGGGAGCUGGAGCACACUGGGAGAAAAAAAAGACAACUUUCUUUUUCUCCCAUGGGAAAGUGGUUGAUUGAAAGGUGAGUAGGAAGAAAGCGAGCGCUGGAAAAUCCCCUCUGCUUUCUAGCUCGAUGUCCGCCAGGCGUUUGAGCUGUGCGGGAAUUGAUUUAUAACCUCUCUGGGAAGCUGGGAAAUCUGACAAAGCCAGCGCUGCCCACUGACAGCGGGGAAACAGGAAGUAACAAAGGAAACAAGUCAUUGCCUCGGCGUCACUUUUGGCCACAGCGCAGUGCAGAUGCACGAGCGGCCGGAGCAGGGUUUCUUUUCCUUCUGAGUGUUGAGCUACAGCUGUGGCUGUCAACCUGGGAGUACCCAAAGGUGGGAGAGGUGCAGGGAUGUUCCUGCCAUGCCUGAGAGGGGUCAUAAGUUGUUAAUGGCUUUGUCAUCACAAAGGAAACAAUCAUUCGGUGAAGCUGUCUGCAGAAAAACUAUGUGUCGAUCGGACAAGGUCACCAGUAAAGGUACAGAGGAUUGGAAGACCUAAGAUGAACAUGAAACUCUUGGAUGACAUUGAGACUAACAUUGGAAAAGAACGAUGGCCUCGCAGGAGCAGGUCUGGCCAGUCCCAAUGAAGGCAAUUGGAGCACAAAACCUUCUGACAAUGCCUGGAGGAGUCACCAAGUCAGGGUAUCUUCAUAAAAAAGGAGGCACCCAGCUGCAGAUCCUGAAGUGGCCACUGAGAUUUGUGAUUAUCCACGAGGGAUGUAUUUACUAUUUUAAGAGCAGCACAUCUGCCUCUCCCCAGGGUGCAUUUUCUUUGAAAGGUUACAACAGGGUUAUGCGGGCAGCUGAGGAGACAACAUCAAGCAACGUGUUUCCUUUCAAGUUAGUUCACAUAAGCAAGAAGCACAGGACGUGGUUUUUUUCAGCUUCUUCUGAAGAUGAAAGAAAGAAUUGGAUGCUAUCCUUGAGAAGGGAAAUUGGUCACUACCAUGAGAAGAAAGAAAUAAUAACAGAAUUUAGUGACUCUGGUUCUGAUGCAGACAGUUUCUAUGGCUCAGUGGAACGUCCCAUUGACAUCAAGUAUUCCCACCAUUCAGCAGAUAAUGAAGAUUAUGACCAGGAGGAAGAGGAUGAGUCUUAUUUGCAGCCGGAUACUUCUGACAUAGUGAAAGAUGAUAUGGUCCUGCCCCCUGCGUACCCACCUCCGCCCGUUCCUCACGUCAGGAAAUCUCCCUACUCAGAAGCAAGGGCACAUUCCUACUCUGGCAAACCAACUGCACCAGUACCACCACCACCCCCUAAGAGGAGCUUACCUGAAAUCAAACUGGAGCCACCCCCUGUUCCCCCUUUACCUGUGUUCAAAAAGCCUGCAAGUGGCAAAGAGUCUCACCCGCUGCCUCCAGAGCCUGUGCCUCCAGCCCAAGUCCUUGCUCCUCCAGAAGCAUGUGAGAAGCUGAAGAGCUUAAACCUUUCCCCACGGACUCCUCCUCCUCUGCCAGCCAAUAAACCCAAGUUGUCGCAGCUUGCUGAAAAGCUAGCAGAGCCCAAAGUGCCAAGGGAACAUGGUAAACCUGGACUGUUUGUGCCACCAGUGCUCCCAAAGCCACCGGUGCCAAGCCACCAGCUGCCUGCAGUCAAGCCCAGAACAGAGAAAUCUUUAUGCCCCCAGUUACAGAGAUCACCACCAGAUGGACAGAGUUUUAGAAGUUUUUCAUUUGAAAAACCAGCACUACCCUCCAAGCCAAGCCAACCUGAUGAUGACUCUGAUGAUGAUUAUGAAAAAGUUGGGCUGCCUGUUUCAAUAUUUCUUAAUACCUCUGAAUCCUUCGAAGUUGAAAGGAUAUUUAAAGCUAGUAGCCCACAAGGACAACCACAAAAUGGAUUGUACUGUAUUAGGAACUCAUCUACUAAGCCUGGAAAGGUACUGGUUGUAUGGGAUGAACCUGCAGGAAAAGUGAGAAACUACAGAAUCUUUGAAAAGGAUAGCAAGUUUUACCUGGAUUCAGACAUCCUGUUUUUGAACAUGGGAAGUUUGGUGGAAUACUACAGCACUCAUGUCUUACCCAGUCACGACAGCCUGAUUCUCAGGUGUCCUUAUGGUUACUCUAAGCCAAGGUGACAGGACAGCCAUGGCUCACUGACACCCUGCUGCCCCUGAGGACAGGACUCCUGCCUGUUGGACAUCCCGCUGUUUGCACACACACACUGAGUCUGUGUCCACCGGGUAUUCUCUCAUAAAUUGUUAUAUAAAUUCCAUUUAAUGAACUUCUGGUAAAACCUUAGAGUCCAGAUCAGUGGAUUUUAUGAUCUUUUUCUUUACAAAGAUCUGAACUGAUUAUGCUGUGAAAGCUGUCCAGGAUACCCACACCUUUUAUAAAACUGCUGCUAUUACUCAUUUCCUUGGAAUAUUGAAGAUGAACAUGAACAAAGUGAUCUAACUACAGCUGAUCUAGAAAAUGGACACCUCUGAAAGUGUGUCAGAAUUUACUUGUGACAGGGAAUACUAAUACUCUGACUUGGAAGUACUACUCCUGAAGUCAGCUCAAAUUGGUGCUCAACUGAGAUAUUUUGUAUUACUUGUAUAGUUGAUGUGUACAUAAUGAAGAUUUCUGUGCAAAUUAUUUUAUUUACUAUAGGUAAAGAUGAUCAGGAAUUGAGGCUUUUUUUUAAGCCACCUCUUAUAUCCUUGUACCUUCUGAGUACAGUAAUCACUAUCAGGUACUGUCUGGCUGGUAUGGGUGUGACAUCUCACAUACUGCUUCAUGACAUGCACUUCAGAGAAGUGUGGGACAAGAUGGGUUUGGCUUUCAUGGGAGCUCCAUUACCUGGUUCUGAACUGGAAGGGUUCAUGCCACUGGUAUUUUUAAAGGGUUUGAGAAAAGAGAAAGGGCUACUUCAAAUUUUGGGGGAAGGGAAGGGAGCCGUUUGAAUGUUCCAAAUUCCAACAAGCAGUUUGAUCUCACAUUGCCAUAGUCAAAGGUUCUUUAAAACAAAGCACAAAAAUCCACCUGAAACCAUGAUUGUGAUGCUACUAUGAAUGCAAAAAUCUUUGUGGUCACAUUUUGUUGUCAGCCAGCUGCAUUUUUUUGUUCUAGGGCAAAACACACUACCCUAGUCUCCUACCAAGACUCCUUCUAUUAUUAAAAUUUCUUCUCAGUUUGUAGUUGCAUGCAAAACAAAAAUCUGUCUUUAAUCUAUUGUCAGUGAUAGACAUUACCAGGGUGCUUUUAACAUUGUUCCCUAAUAUUUUGGGGACUGAUAUUCUAAAUCCAAGGGCUUGAUAUUUAUGCCAAAAUUACUGUAUUCCUGAAUGUUAAUAUGGAGGAGAAAUUAAUUUUAAGAACUUCUUAAGUAAUUCUGUUGAUCCAAAAAUAGUUUUAUAAUGGUCUCAUACUCUAAUAAUGUUU